GACGAGUCAGUGAAGACAAAAGAGCAUCUGUUAUUGUGACAUUUCUUCUGCGCACGUUUCGUGUUGUUUACUUGUGAAAUUCCUGCAAUUCCAACAGGAAUUUCGCUAUUGAACAGGAUCUUCACUCUUCAGAAUGACUACAGCAGCACGACCCACCUUCGACACAGCCAGGGGAGGAUCUGGUAGGGGUGAGAAAGAUCUUAGUGCUCUCUCCAAGCAGUACUCUAGCAGAGAUCUUCCUGGUCACACCAAAUUAAAAUACAGAGAACAUGGGCAAGGAACUUCCGAGGAAUUGAGGGUGCGCGAUUUCCGUAAGGAGCUCGAAGAGCGCGAACGCGAGAAGGAGAAGGAAAAGGACAAGACCCGACGCCCAGCCAUUGAACAGCGUGAUGCGACAAAGCGACCCAGACUUGACCAAGCACCAGCUGCUUCACUAGAUGCAGAUGACCCAUUGGAAUCAGAAGACAGCAGUGACGAUGACAGUGAUGACGACACCGCAGCUCUUCUGGCAGAAUUAAAUCGCAUUAAAAAGGAGCGUGCUUCUGAUCAGGCCAGAAAGGAAGUUGAGAAGCGACAGGAAGAGGAGCGGAUUCGAAUGGAAAAUGUUUUAAGUGGAAACCCCCUUUUAAAUUAUUCAGCCCAAGCAUCUAAAGGGGAUCUUAAGGUGAAGCGCCGGUGGGAUGACGAUGUUGUGUUCAAGAACUGUGCCCGUUCUGAACCUGACAAGAAGAAAGAGCAGUUCAUCAACGACUCUCUGCGAUCAGACUUCCAUAGAAAAUUCAUGGAAAAGUAUGUUAAAUAAGAACACCUGUAUCUCUGUGAAAAUUCUUUUUGUUCUUUGGACUAACGUUUGUGUAUUUGUCUAAGUGUACAUAUGUUUUGAAGUUUUCUUUUUUUUUUCCCUUGUGUCUUAAGUAUAAAUGUCUUUUUCUUUUCUUAUGAGUUGCUAUAGAAGCUAGCAAAAACAUUGAACUUUGAUUAAAUUUUUAAUGAACAUGAA